UUGUCAAAAAAGUUCGAUUUUUGUUGUGUUUCGCACUGCAGAUAAAUAUUUCUCAGAAUAAAAAUUGACCCGUGCAGUUGUGUGAUAAUCUUUAAAACGCUAAAACUAACAUAUUUCCUAUGAUACAAACAAUUCACAAUGGAGUUCUUGGUACUUUUCCUGUGUGGUGUUGUCGUGAACUUGCCUACUGCUUAUUCUCAACAAAAAGAUGAAAUAAUAUUUAAUUACAACAAUACAUAUAAGUACAAUGUUCCCUACACGGUGUACGUUAACAAACAGACAGAGUACAUCAUGGAAUUUGGAGGGGACGUCGACAGUCCACGCUACGAUACUCCCGCCCGGGUGACAGUGGCGAGCGACUUCGCCAACCGAACGUACCCUCUGUUCAUCACCGCUCGUCAGCAGAAAGGCGUGUUCUCCUGGCAACUCCCAAUGCUGGUCCAGACGCCGGUCAGCCUGGAACAGUUCACGAAUAUAUCCCGGACGCUGUGCCCUCACAACAACCCCUACUCUGAGGACGAGGAGUCGUGCGAUGUAUCAUCUUUGAACAAUCCAAUCGUACACCUGACAUCCUCAUCACCAGACGAUAUAAAAGUCACGAUUGUAGUCGAAAAAGUUGUGGACUUCUUCAUACCUUUAAACUCAGAGACGAAUCUAACAAGCACGCCCAGUCAGCCAAAAUAUUACUUCUACCCUUUCAAGCAAGGACCGAAUGACAUGAUGGAUCUGUCAACGCAAAACGUCAAAAAGAAGCACAUGUGUCACGAGGAAUUGAAUGAUAAGGAACAGAGUCAGUUGAACUCGUAUUUUUUGAGGAGUAGCUUCUUGAAGGAUGAGGAUGGAUGGAUGUCCAGGCCGAAAAGUGUGAUCGUUAUGAUUGAGUCGGAUGAUGACAUUUGCGCGGUGGUGUCAAUACAGAAUUACUCGUGUCCAGUAUUUGACAACGAAAGAGACAUUUUAUAUGAUGGAUACUAUUUAACAAUGACUCGUCGAGGGGGCAUUACUCUGACGCAAGACACAUUCCCCAAGGGUUUCUACAUAGUGUUCAUAGUCAAGACGUCAGACGACGACUGCACGGACCGCGCCGCCAAUAGUUCACUUCCCAAGAUGGCGCAUUAUUUGGGCUGGGGAGGAGAAAGCGUGGUCUACGUUCCUACGAACGACGGGAGAGUGAAGCAAUUCAGUUUCAAAAUAAUCGAGACCAUCUCCUACCAAGAGUACUUGAUAGCGGCGGGCGCGGCUUUGGCCUUCUUCUUAUCAUUCUACAUGGCUUUCAUCAUCGUCAUCAUCUGCCAGAGGCGAAAGAUUUUAGGGAGCACUGCGACGAUCGACAGCGCGAAUACUGAAGAAGGCCGCCUCACACCCGACGCCAUCGGUCGCAGCGCUCCCGUAGCGGUGACAGAUGCAAGCGGCUCUGGCGAGAGCUCGACGCGACGAAGACGCGUCGGCGACGGAGACGGAAACCUGUCUUCGCAGCGGACCGCGGAAUGCAGUUCGUCGUCUGACACCGAGUCGGACUUCUCAACGCUCGACGAUGCUAACACCGAGAAAGACGUCUACAGAUUGGGCGGGAAACUGUGCGUCGCUAAUCUGGCCAAAUGCCGCCCCCGCGUUCUAUCGGCGCGCUCGAAGAUGUAUCUGUGGAACGUUCUGACUGUGGCCGUGUUCUACACGCUGCCCGUUAUACAACUGGUCGUCACAUAUCAACGGCUCCUGAACCAGUCGGGCAACCAAGACCUGUGCUAUUUCAACUUCUUGUGCGCGCAUCCGCUGCUAGUGCUGUCCGACUUCAACCACGUGUAUUCUAACUUGGGAUACGUGCUACUUGGGAUCCUGUUUCUGGCACAAGUCUGGCGAAGGCAGCGACGUUACAGGGCCCGAGGCGUUGUAGAGAAAGAGCUGGGUAUACCGCAGCACUUCGGUCUUCUGUACGCGAUGGGCGUAGCGCUAGUCAGCGAGGGACUACUAUCAGCCGCCUACCACGUGUGUCCUAACAGCAUGAACUUUCAAUUCGACACGUCAUUCAUGUACGUGACGUCAGUGCUAUGCAUGGUGAAGAUAUACCAGUCGCGGCAUCCUGAUAUCAACGCGCGGGCACACGCUACUUUCGGAGUGUUAGCGCUUAUUAUAUUCGUGGGUCUGGUGGGCGUGUUAAACGCUAACUUCUACUUCUGGAUCGCGUUCACGGCGCUGCACCUCGUCACGUGCCUCGUCAUGACCUUCCAGAUAUACUAUUUGGGAAGAUUCCGCUUGGACGGCGGCGUGGUGUGUCGCGCGGCGAGAGAACUUAUCACGCGUCCGCUCGCCGCCAUAACGCCCACACACUGCGGAAGAUGUGUAUUGCUGGUGAUAGCUAACUUGAGCAAUUGGGCCAUCGCUGCUUACGGUGUGUCGCAACACAGCCGCGACUUCGCCUCUCACCUCCUCCUGGUGUUGAUGAGCAACCUGUUCCUCUACACGCUCUUCUACAUCGUCAUGAAGCUGCUGCAUCGAGAGACUAUACGGUGGUACAGCUGGGUGUACAUAGCGCUCACUUACUCGGUGUGGUUCGGAUCGAGUUACUUUUAUUUGGACCAGAGCACAAACUGGGCGCUAACACCAGCACAAUCGCGUCAAAGCAACAGAGUUUGUUCGCUGCUACAACUGUACGAUUCGCACGACGCGUGGCAUUUCCUAUCGUCGGCGGCCAUGUUUUUCUCGUUCAACAUGUAUCUGACCAUAGACGAUAAUUUGGCUAGAGUGCCUAGGAGUAAUAUUAUGGUGUUUUAAUUUUACAACAACUGUAUAAAUUCACAUGAGAAAAUCUACGAAACGAAUAACGUUUCGUUAUACGAAUCUGACGCCCAUAUUCACAAACGAUGCUUGCUCAAGUGAAACAGCAAAUCGAACGCACGACGUUGAAUAGAGCUGUGUGAUUGGUUCGUGUCACCCUGUGCGUCCACGCGCACUGUGAGACCUCAUAGUAAUGUUUGUGAAUACUUGCGUGAGUUCCGUGUUAGGGUUCGUUCCCACGGCAAUACAGUUUUACGGAUAAUGCAUUAUUGGAUUUAUUGGAUGACUGUCGUGUGAACACACAUGGUUUUUUGCGGGACACUGCAAACGGUAAUAUUAAAACACGUAUACUAAACGGAAUCCUGCAAAAAGGGAUGUCUUGGGAGCAAACCCUUUCCGAACGAAGCUCAAAGCACUGACCUUGAAACUUGAAAGUAUAAAGUGCGGUCGCCGAGCAGUUAGAAUUUCGUCCAAUGACCUCAAGCUACCUAUCCUUAUCGCUCGCGUGUAAUUAUAUUGCU